GCGCAGCCGCUGCCCCCCCCGAGCCCCGCGCUGGGAGCGGCCCGGGACGCGGGGGAGGAGGCGCCGGGCGCUGCUGGGCACGCUGCUCCCGCCGCUCCCGCCGCCAUGCACGGCUCGGCCUGCGCGGAGAUGGGGGAGGCACCCGCGGUUGACAUUGUGGACAUCUAUGAGUCUAUCCGUGAAAGGCAGCGUCAUGACAGUGAAAGGUCUACCUGCAGCACCUUGGAGCAGAAUGACAUUGAAGCCGUUGAAGCGCUUGUUUGUAUGAGCUCCUGGGGUCAAAGAUCUCAGAAAGGUGACAUAUUAAAGAUAAGGCCACUUACGCCCUUCUCGGAUUCUGGUGAUUUCACAAUGCACGCUGAGGCGACGUCUGAAUUACCAAAGGACUAUUUAUCUACACUGUGCAUGACCCCUCCGCACAGCCCUGACUUUGUUGAGAUAUCAGCUGCUAUGCUGCUCUCCUCACAAGUCACUUAUUCCAAACCAAGGACUGUUAUGGCAAAUACAGCUGCCUGCUCAGUCACAUCAGCGACCAGUGCCUCUCCCAUAACCAAGCCAUCUGUUAUCAGCAUGGAGCGGCAAUGCAGCCAGAAGCCAGCGAUACCUGAAUCCUUUACCCCUCAGCCUUGCAAGGCCAUGGCAACAAGCGUGAUACGUCACACAGGUGAUAGUUCUGCUUACCAUCACAUUCCUGCUGCGCAAGAGAAAACAAAGGUAACUUCAGGUUACAGCACUUCCAGAGACUGGUGUGGAGCAGAUGACCGAAGACAUUCCAGACUGCCACAGGACACGUGUGCCGCAGAUGACAAAAUUGACAAAACCUCUCCAGUUCAUCAACCUUAUGCACAUGACUCCAGCGAUAGUGUGACUGAUAAAGGACAGCUACUAGUCCGGCCUGUUUCGCCACAGACCCACUUACCAAAGAAUUGUGAGAAUGACAUGCAAAAAAGAGCUACCCCGGUGACACCUGUCCCUGUUUCAAGCCCUCAGGUUCUCUGUAAAAUGAUCCCUUUAAAUGGACAAAGCUGUAUGAUCAACACCUAUGCCAAACCUUCAACUCCAACAGUCUCAGCUCCCAUGAAACCUAUUUUACCACAGACGGCUCCUCUCUCACAGCCGUUACUCAUGGGACCUUCUGUGCCUCAGGGGACCGUCAUGUUGGUUCUUCCACAGACUGCUGUCACACAGACACCACAGUGCCCGCAAACAGUAAUGACUGUUGGAAACACCAAGUUACUGCCCCUUGCUCCCGCUCCUAUGUUCAUCGCUUCUGGUCAAAGCUGUGCCCCUCAGAUGGACUUCUCUAGACGGAGGAAUUAUGUCUGCAACUUCCCUGGGUGCAAGAAAACCUAUUUCAAAAGUUCCCACCUCAAAGCCCACCUUCGCACCCACACUGGAGAAAAGCCUUUCAGCUGCAACUGGGAAGGCUGUGACAAGAAGUUUGCCCGCUCAGAUGAACUGUCACGCCACCGUCGAACUCACACAGGCGAGAAGAAAUUCGCUUGUCCCGUGUGUGAGCGUCGCUUUAUGCGCAGCGAUCACUUGACAAAGCACACCCGCCGCCAUAUGACCACGAAGAAGAUCCCCAGCUGGCAGGCAGAGGUUGGCAAACUGAACAGGAUUGCCACAGCAGAGAAACCGAAAAGCAGCAGUGCUCUGAGUAUGCUCAUCCCUGUGCCAUCAUCUGCCUGUCAGGGCUAGUGAGAAUGAGCUCCUUCUCUACAGACUCUCUGGAAAUCGGGAAGAGCUCUGACAGCUACAACAGAACUGACAGUGGCUUUUUUUCCCUUGUUGUUUGUGCAUACUUUAGUUUCCUUCAGUUUAGGACCUCUCUUAAUAAUUCCAAGUGAGUAAUUAUCGUAUCUUUCCUCGUCCCUUCCCUAUUUUUUUCAACAUUUGGGCAAAUGCAAUCACCAGCACUUCAGGAAAGCAGAACUUUUUGGAAAUGAUUUUGGCAAUAGGUUAAAACAGUCACUUGUGAUGCCUGCUGUUAAUAUUCUGAUGGACAGUAAAACAGGGUGAUUUUUAAUUUUUAUACUAGUAUUUUCUGUACCAAAUAUUUUGUAUUUAUUCCUUUCGGUCUUGAUUUGCAGGCAAAUUACUUGACCUGCAUUAGUAGACGUGUGCAGGAUGAGACCCAGAGUUUUGUAAACUCCUUUUCAGUAAACCUAAAGACCGUUUUGUAAACGCAUAAUAUUUGAUAACUCCUAGUGGUUGGGAUUAUCGCAUUUGCAGAUCCUGACCCUGCAAUGGGCUGGUGCUGUUACACCCUCCUUGUGCAGGUGACAUUGAAGAUUUGAGAUUGAGUUGUCAUUUUUAAAGCAAACCAAACCAGAAUGACUUUCUUUCAGAAAAGAAGGGUUGAAAUCCUCAAUAUUUCAUAAACUCUUACCCUUUGCAAGUGGAAAACAUUGUGACUUCUGCUAGAAGAUUGACAUACUGGGCAUUCCUGAGUCCGCACUUCACUGGAACAGAGUUUGGAGGAGCUCUGAUGGAGGUAGAAGCACAAACACUGUUUGGAAGCUUUGACACUAAAAAUCGUGCUUUACUUUCAGUCCUAUGAAACCAGCAUAUCAAAAUCUACAGAAAAACAGCAAGAUAAUCUUUGAAUAGCUGGGUGUCUCUGUACUUUUUUUAUUUUAGUACAGGGGAAAUAGAAAAGUUAGGGUGUUUUUUUUUAUGUAUCAUGGAUGCUUGUGCACCUUAUAGGAGAUUGUUCAAGGCUUUCAUUUACCUGUAUCAAAGCACCAGAGGGAGUACUAAUCAUGUCUUGACCUAUGAAAUAGCCACAAUGUCACCUUGAUGAUGCUCUUCAUGUGGCCUUAUACUUCUCCACAGUACUUUGUAUAAAAUCACCCUUUUCUAUUAAAUGAGAUACUCUCCCUGUCGAAUGGAUUUUCUUUUACACCAAGUGUAAAUAUGGCUAAGAAGUGGAAUCGCUGGCUGCAGGAGUGCUGUGUUGUAAUGGCAUGGUGUGAGUAAUAAACCAAAAUGCCUGUAGCACGGUCGGACUGCUCGGUUUCCGUGGUGUGGAAGGAUGUGCAUACAUCUUGUAGCAGAGCUGACAGUAGAGCUGUUGUGCUGUGAAACACCAGGUGGUGUUUUGCUGGGAGACAGUUCACCUGCCAGAUGAAAUAUUUCUGUAGUGCUUAUUCUUUCUGGACUCUUCUCCCUUCAGCCACUCCUGCACUGUUCCUUAGUUGAGCACUGAGGAAGACUAUUUUUUUUUUUCCCUGGAUGUGUAAAAUGUGGAUGCUUAGGAAUGCACAGUCUCUUGCACUGCUUUGUUGUUCUAAAAUCCUGCUCUUUCUUCUAGUUGUGGGCAAAGCAUGGUUCUCAUCUAUGUAAGUGCAGACUUGCUGAUCUCGGCUAACACUCCCCUGAAAUCAGCAGUGACCUGUUCCAGUUGAAAUAAGAAUAUGUCAUUAUUUUUUACACUUAAGCCAAUAGUUAUAAUUAACGGUAGCAAGUUGUCAAGCCUGCGCUAAAUCGGGGUGUUGCGCUAAAUGUACUGAAGUUUUUGUGCCUGGCCUUUCAAAUGCCCACACCCUUCACUCGACACACGCUGUAAUCCCACUGACCAUGGUGUACGCGCUGGUGAGCGUGGGUGCAUACGCAAACUUCACUUUGUGCUCUCCAAAGGGCUCGGUUGAACCCCCUCUUCCUGGUACAGUGGAUGCUUGCAGUGUUGCUCUUCUCUGUCUCUGCCCAGUGUUCCAAAUUCAUGUGGUGAAGGAAGAGACAUUGCUGCUCUCUCAUUUUUUAGCUGAGAAGUCCCUUAGAAUAAGAAGUUUGACUUUUGGAUACUGUUUCAGCAUGCUUUCAACCAGGGGAAGAGCAUCCUGUCUCAGUCCAGCAGCCAAUUUAACCAUUCAUGGUGUUCACCUCAACAAAACAAUUUGGAGAAUUUGUGUCAUAAUUUAAUAACUUAUGUUAGUUUAUUACAUCAUAUCAGGGAAAUGAUGGACCAGAGAACAGGGAAUUUAAAAGAAAGCGUGUCGUGGAUGUGUGUCAUGAUGCAGAAAAGCAACGGCUUCCUCUUUGUCAGGUUUACCUGGCCUGUGAUGUGUGUGCUGCUUUCUACCACCCAUGUCUGGGACAUGUGGCGCUCUCUCUUGUGGAUGUGCAUGGGUAGCUGAGCCGUGGUGUGGCUGUAUCUGUUCUGUUUGCUCUUUCUAUUCCUUCCUGCUUUGUAAGGGUUAAUUAUGGAUUAAGCAUGACUGAGUAACUGCUCUCUUUGCACUUUACUGCCUGAACGAUAUUGUUCAGUAUUUUUAUUUUGAGCCUAUAUUUUAAAGAAAUGGAAUCACAUUUUUGUACCUGUUUUUAACUUCUAUUAAAUAAAAAGUAUGGAAUGACUGGUUUUAAAUCAUAAAAACCCUGUGAGUUUUCAGGCUUCAUACACAUCUACUCCAGAACUAUGUAAAUGCAUCUGGAUUCUGUUGCAUAUCUAAGCCAGAAGAAGACUUUCGGGCCCACAGGUUGACUUACCUCUAAAGGCAGGACUUUUUGGAUCCUGUUGUAAAUUGACCGGUGCUUGUCCAUCCAUAAUUUUACACAACACUUGCAUAUUUGCUAGAACACGUGCACCACCACCAGGGUUUGGGGGUCUUGCAUGCUGUCUGAAAAUAAGAGUCUUAUGGUUCGUAACAGUUCUUCUGCCGUGGCCUCCAGAAGCUAUCAACAAAAGGUGAUGGUCUGAGUGCUGCUCUGUUGGUGUUGCAAGCUCUGCAUGGCACGAAUGCUGGA